AUCACCCCUUUUAUCUUCUUCUCCGCCCUUUUCUCCCCUUCCCACCCCUAUCCUCUUUUCUGCACACUUUCCACUGCUCAUCUUCACACACUUUCACACUCCAACCACCUACUUCCGUCGUUCAAACUCGCCGGAGCUCCACCACCGGCGUCAACCGCCGCUAACUCCACACCAUGAAUCCGUCAAUUCUCCUCACACAACAACCGUCCUCUCACCCUACACUGCUCCUCACUCCAUUUCUAAACCCUAACCCUAACCAAACCCUAACAAAAUCCAUCACCGUCAAUCUCCGGCGAAACAGUAACAGAAACAGAUACAUAUAUAGAUACGGAGGAUACAAACACAGCUGCAACGUCUCCGUCGUCCGAUGCUCGUCAUCUCCGCCGGAAACAACCAGCCAGACGGAAACUAACGCCGCCGUGAGCGAUGUGUUUGGCGGUAAGAAGGAGUUGACGGCGUUACAGUCGGUUGUGGAGUCGAUGUCGCCGGCUGUUAGGUUAGCGAGCUCGGUUGUUGUUGUGGCUGGUGCUGUUGCUGCGGGAUAUGGAUUAGGGUUGCGUAUUGGUGGAAAUAGGAGUGCUAGUAUUGGUGGAGCUGUUGUGUUGGGUGCUGCUGGUGCUGGUGCGGUUUACGCGAUGAAUUCGUCGGUGGUGCCGGAGAUUGCUGCUGUUAGUUUGCAUAAUUAUGUUGCUGGUUCGGAUCCUCGGGAUGUGAAGAAGGAAGACAUUGAAAAUAUUGCUAGCAGAUAUGGUGUUAGCAAACAGAAUGAAGCUUUCAAUGCAGAGCUUUGUGAUAUAUACUCUCGAUACGUGUUAUCUGUACUUCCUUCUGAUGGUGAAGAUUUAAAGGGUGAUGAAGCUGAUAUUAUUAUUAAAUUCAAAAAUUCGUUGGGAAUUGAUGAUCCGGAUGCAGCGGCCAUGCAUAUGGAGAUUGGUAGGCGUAUUUUCAGGCAAAGGUUAGAAACAGGUGAUCGUGAAGCAGAUGCACAACAGCGUCGGGCAUUUCAGAAGCUGAUUUAUGUUUCAACGCUCGUGUUUGGAGAGGCUUCAGGUUUUCUCUUACCAUGGAAGCGUGUAUUUAAGGUUACCGAAUCACAGGUUGAGGUUGCUAUAAGGGACAAUGCCCAAAGGUUAUUUGCUUCCAAGCUAAAGUUGAUUGGCCAAGAUAUUCAACCGGAAGAGCUUAUUACUCUUAGAGAUGCACAGUUACAAUGUCGGCUUUCAGAUGAGCUAGCUGAAGACAUGUUCAGGGAGCACAUUAGAAAGCUUGUUGAAGCAAAUAUAUCAACAAGUGUUGAUGUACUCAAGUCCAGAACAAGAACAGCUAAGGAUGCCCGGCUUAUUGUUGAAGAGCUUGAUAAGAUAUUGGCAUUCAAUAACUUGUUAGUCUCAUUGAAGAAUCACCCUGAUGCAAGUCGGUUUGCUCGUGGGAUUGGUCCAGUUUCUCUGAUAGGCGGCGAGUAUGAUGGUGAUAGGAAGAUGGAUGACUUAAAGCUCCUCUACAGGGCAUAUGUUGCUGAUUCUUUAUCUGGUGGUCGUAUGGAGAAAGAGAAGCUUUCUGCAUUAAGCCAAUUGAGGAAUAUAUUUGGUCUCGGUAAAAGGGAAGCGGAGUCGAUUGCCAUAGAAGUCACAUCAAAGGUAUAUAGGAAACGUCUUGCUGAAUCUGUAACCGGUGGUGCUUUAGAAGCUGCAGAAAGUAAAGCAGCUUUUCUUCAAAAUCUUUGUGAAGAAUUGCACUUCGAUCCUGAGAAAGCGAUUGAAAUCCAUGAAGCAAUAUACCGGCAAAAUCUUCAGCAAUACGUGAACGAUGGAGAGCUUAGUGACGACGAGGUUAAAUCUCUGGAAAAGUUGCAAGUUAUGCUUUGUAUCCCUAAGCAAACGGUUGAAAAGAUUCACGAGGAUAUAUGUGGCGCUUUGUUCGAAAAGGUUGUUAAGGAGGCUAUAGCUGCAGGAGUUGAUGGUUAUGAUGCUGACGUUAAACAGGCUGUAAGAAAAGCUGCAUAUGGUUUACGUUUAACAAGGGGGGUGGCCAUGUCUAUUGCUGGCAAGGCGGUCCGGAAAAUUUUCAUUAGUUACAUACAAAGAUCACGAGCUUCGGGUAGUCGAACAGAGGCUGCAAGAGAACUCAAAAAGAUGAUAGCAUUUAACAACUUAGUUGUAACCGAACUUGUGUCAGAUAUCAAAGGAGAAUCAUCCGAGACCCCCACAGAAGACGCGGUCAUUGAUGUCGAAGCAAAACCCGUAGAUGAAGUAGACGAUGAAGAAUGGGAAUCACUACAAACCCUUAGAAAAGUCAAGCCGGCCCGAAUGACCACAGGGAAGCCCGGUCAAACUGAAAUAACUCUCAAAGACGACCUUCCAGACAGGGACAGAACCGACCUUUACAAGACAUAUUUACUGUAUUGUUUAACCGGUGAAGUGACGCGGGUCCCAUUUGGUGCUCAAAUCACCACCAAAAAAGACGAUUCCGAAUACGUUUUUCUAAAACAGUUAGGGGGUAUAUUAGGGUUAACCGAUAAAGAAAUUGUGGAAGUCCAUAGAAGCUUAGCCGAACAGGCUUUUACACAACAAGCUGAGGUUAUAUUAGCAGAUGGGCAACUAACAAAAGCGCGCGUUUCACAAUUAAACGAGUUGCAACGACAAGUUGGAUUGCCAUCUGAAUAUGCUCAAAAAAUAAUAAAGAACAUAACGAGCACGAAAAUGGCGGCUGCACUUGAAACCGCUGUGGGCCAAGGUCGGCUCAGUAUAAGGGAAAUCCGUGAGCUUAAAGGAUCGGGGAUCGAGUUAGAUGUGAUGGUGUCACUGAGUUUAAGACAAAAUCUUUUCAAGAAAACUGUUGAUGAUAUAUUUUCUUCAGGAACCGGCGAGUUUGAUGAGGUGGAAGUUUACGAGAAGAUUCCGGAAGAUCUUGGCAUCGAUGCUAACAAGGCUCGAGAUGUUGUUCAUGAACUUGCGCGAACUCGGUUGUCAAAUUCUUUGAUUCAGGCUGUAUCGUUAUUGAGACAGAGAAAUACUUCAGGGGUGGUUUCUUCUUUGAACGACUUGUUAGCCUGUGACAAAGCCGUACCCGCAUCCCCGUUAUCAUGGGAAGUGCCUGAAGAGUUGGCAGACCUGUUUUCAAUAUAUAUCAAGAAUGACCCUGCGCCUGAAAAGCUGUCACGAUUACAGCACUUGUUGAGCAUCGAUGAUGCAACCGCAGAAGCAUUGAAAGAGAUGAAGGAUCGUGCAGUACCAACUAGUGAAACUAGUGAAGAAGAGUUUGUAUUUUGAGUUCAGUUUUCAUUAACUUUUUUUGCGCGAUAGCAACCGGCUCGCGCUAUAGGUGAGAGAACCUCGGUAUUUCUUCCCAGAUAUCUAUUUGAUUGUUUAGAGAUGUUUGAAACGGUGUGCACGAGGAAACUGGGUUUUGUUGAGUUUUAUGAAUAAAACAUGAAUGUAUGGUUGAUAAUUUUUACUCCA